GCCGGCGCCUGGGGCACUAGAGCGGCUUACGGCCCGGGUCAGCGCCCAGCCGCCCGCGUCCUCCCGCCCCGCCCGGCCGGGAGCAGACUCGGCGACUGAGAGACGAGCCCCUCGCCACUGCCCCCCCUCCUGGCCCCGGCCCCCUCCCGCCGGCCCGCCUCCGGUCCGGCCCUACUCCCUCUCCUGCUCCCUCCUCCCGCCCGCCUCCCCAGCUGUCCGCUCCGCGUCAUGCCGAGCCUCCCGGCCCCGCCGGCCCCGCGGCUGCUCCUCGGGCUGCUGCUCCUCGGCUCACGGCCGGCCGGUGGCACUGGUCCCGAGCCCCCCGCACUGCCCAUCCGUCCCGAGAAGGAGCCGCUGCCUGUUCGGGGAGCGGCAGCCUCAGUGGGCUCGCCGUGGGAGGGGCCCUGGCAGGGUCAGCUGUAAGAACAUCAAACCCCAGUGCCCCACCCUGGCCUGCAGGCAGCCGCGCCAGCUGCCAGGACACUGCUGCCAGACCUGUCCGCAGGAGCGCAGCAAUCUAGAUCGACAGCCCGCUGGCCUAGUCUUCGAGUAUCCAAGGGACCCAGAGCACCGCAGUUAUAGUGAUCGAGGGGAACCCGGCGCUGGGGAGCGGACACGUGCUGAUGGCCACACGGACUUCGUGGCGCUGCUGACAGGACCCCGGUCGCAGGCGGUAGCUCGUGCUCGAGUCUCUCUGCAGCGCUCAAGUCUUCGUUUCUCUAUCUCCUACCAGCGGCUGGACCGCCCCAGCAGGGUUCGGUUCACAGAUCCCACAGGCAACAUCCUGUUUGAACACCCUGCUUCCCCCACCCAGGAUGGCCUGGUUUGUGGGGUGUGGCGGGCAGUGCCUCGGCUGUCUCUGAGGCUCCUGAGGGCAGAACAGUUGCAUGUAGCCCUUGUGACACCCACUCACCCUUCAGGAGAAGUCUGGGGGCCUCUCAUUUGGCAAGGUGCUCUGGCUGCAGAGACCUUCAGUGCCAUCCUGACUCUGGAAGGCCCACAGCAUCGGGGUGUGGGGGGCAUAGCCCUGCUCACCCUCAGUGACACAGAAGACUCCUUACAUUUUUUGCUUCUCUUCCGGGGUCUGCUGGGACCCAGGAAUGGAGGACUAGCUCCGGUUCCCCUGAAGCUUCAGAUUCUCCACCAGGGACAGCCACUUCGAGAGCUCCAAGCCAACACCUCGGCACAGGAGCCAGGUUUUGCUGAGGUGCUGCCCAGCCUUACAGACCAGGAGAUGGACUGGCUGGCGCUGGGGGAGCUGCAGAUGGCCCUAGAGAGGGCAGGUGGGCCAGAGCUACGCAUCAGUGGAUACAUUACUGCCAGGCAGAGCUGUGAUGGUGAGGCAGGGUGGGGCUCGGCGCUGUGGGCACACACAACUGAGAGGCACAAACAUGUAGAUGUGGGAGAGAGUUCCGGGGGGUUCUGGGUGUGGGCAAGCCUGCUGCCCCCUGUCUUGCCCCCUGCAGUCCUUCAAAGCGUCCUCUGUGGGGCUGAUGCCCUGAUCCCAGUCCAGACGGGUGCUGCUGGUUCAGCCAGCUUGAUACUGCUAGGAAAUGGCUCCCUGAUCUAUCAGGUGCAAGUGGUAGGUACAGGUAGCGAGGUGGUGGCCAUGACACUGGAGACCAAGCCACAGCGGAAGAACCAGCGCACUGUCCUGUGCCACGUAGCUGGACUCCAGCUGGGAGGACACAUGGCUGUGGGUAUCUGCUCUGGCCUGGGUGCCCGAGGGGCUCAUAUGCUGCUGCAGAAUGAGCUGUUCCUGAAUAUUGGCACCAAGGACUUCCCAGAUGGAGAGCUCCGGGGGCAUGUGACUGCCCUAUCCUACAGUGGGCACAGUGCCCGCUAUGACAGAUCGCCCGUGCCUCUGGCAGGGGCGCUGGUGCUGCCCCCUGUGCGGAGUCAGGCAGCAGGUCAUGCCUGGCUCUCCCUGGAUACGCAUUGCCACUUACACUAUGAGGUGCUGCUGGCUGGGCUUGGUGGUUCAGAGCAAGGCACUGUCACUGCCCACCUCCUCGGGCCUCCUGGGAUGCCAGGACCCCAGCGGCUGCUGAAGGGAUUCUAUGGCUCAGAGGCCCAAGGUGUGGUCAAAGACCUGGAGCCCGUGUUGCUGCGGCACCUGGCACAGGGCACCGCUUCGCUCUUGAUCACCACCAAGAGCAGCCCCAGAGGGGAACUACGUGGGCAGGUGCACAUUGCCAGUCAGUGUGAGGUGGGAGGUCUGCGCCUGGCCUCAGAAGGAGUGCAGAUGUCAGUGGUUCCGAAUGGAGAGGCAGCUACAUCGCCUAUGUUGCCUGCUGGGCCUGGUUCUGAAGCCCCAGUAUCAGUCAAACAUGGCAGCUCCGGGAGGCCCCGAGACCCUAACACAUGCUUCUUCGAGGGGCAGCAGCGUCCCCACGGGGCUCGCUGGUCACCCAACUAUGACCCACUCUGCUCACUCUGCACCUGUCAGGUAGGAUGUCCGGGUAGGGCACAGUUGGCCACAGGGUCUGGAGCAAGGGGCCCAGCACACCUUCCAAGCCUUGGCCCCUCUCUACAGAGACGAACAGUGAUCUGUGAUCCUAUAGUAUGCCCACCACCAAGCUGCCCCCACCCAGUGCAGGCGCUGGACCAGUGCUGUCCCGUGUGUCCAGAGAAGCAACGCAGCAGAGAUCUUCCCGGGCUACCAAACCUGGAACCAGGAGAGGGCUGCUAUUUUGAUGGUGACCGGAGCUGGAGGGCAGCGGGUACCCGGUGGCACCCGGUUGUGCCCCCCUUUGGCUUAAUCAAGUGUGCUGUCUGUACCUGCAAGGGGGCCACUGGAGAGGUGCACUGUGAGAAGGUGCAGUGUCCUCGCUUGGCCUGUGCUCAGCCUGUCCGUGCCAACCCCACUGACUGCUGCAAACAGUGUCCAGUAGGGUCAGGGGCCCAUGCCAAGCUGGGAGACCCCAUGCAGGCUGAUGGGCCUCGGGGGUGUCGCUUUGCUGGGCAGUGGUUCCCAGAGAAUCAGAGCUGGCAUCCAUCAGUGCCCCCCUUUGGGGAGAUGAGCUGUAUUACCUGCAGAUGUGGGGCCGGAGUACCUCAUUGUGAGCGAGAUGAUUGUUCCUUGUCGCUGUCCUGCGGCUCAGGGAAGGAGAGUCGAUGCUGUUCCCACUGCACAGCCCAAAGGUCAGCCUCUGAGACUAGAACCCUUCCAGAGCUGGAGAAGGAAGCUGAGAGCUCCUAGGGAGCGUCCGGAAGGCCACAUGACCAAGAGGAUGGGCCUGAGCUGGGAGAAGGGGCAGUGCUGAGGACCCUGACUCUCCUGUGGGAAACCCAGUGCCUUGAGCACCUCUGCUCUGCUUCUUCUCCUCCCUACUACCUCUGGGAACCACAAGUCUACAAGGGCAAAGACUGCUGGGCCGGACCAAGGCCGUAGCCACUCUAGCUCCUGCCCCGUUACUCUUUUGGCCUCUGCUCCAGAAGCCUCUUCUUCUGUACAUAAUGCCACUGGCUUAUUGGGAUUUUUAAUUUAUCCUCACUCAGCACCAAGGGUUCCCUCACACCAUUCCUGCUGCCCCCUGAGCUGAGCAGAGUCAUUAUUAGAGAUUUUUGUAUUUAUUAAAACAUUUUUUUUCAGUC